GUCUCACACUAAUAGCCCAGGCUGUUCCAGAAUUUGUAACAAUUCUCUUGCCUCAGUCUCCCAAAUUCUGGGGUUAUAGGUGUAUACAUGGUCUGAAGAACUGAAUUUUAAGACUUAAUGAGCUCAGAUUUAACUAACAGCCUACUGCUGGUGUAGGUGAAGACUACUUCCAGCCUCAACGCCCAUCUCCAUCUCAGAACACCACCUGCCUCCCUUUAACCACAAGACUAGGGACCACAUUACUGGAGGUUUUAGGGAUCUGUUCUAAUUGUCGCGUCCUGUCCUAGAUAAUUGUCUAGGAAAACAGAGCCCACGGGCUUCUGUCCCUGGUCUCUUCCUGCGCCGCCAGAGGCCGCUGCGAGCCAGCUGUGCCCAUGCUCCCCGCAGAGAGCCCCCAUGCUGUCUCCUAUGAGGCAGCGGUGCCGCAAGGGCUGAAAGAGCAGGGACGACUCCCAGCCAAGAGGCUGUGCUCUCCCAAGCCUGAGGGCGGCAAGCUCGGGAGAAUUCGGCUGAACUCCGCAGAGCUGGUGGGUCCAGACCCAGAACAUCCCGGUACUCAGAACCGGGCUCACUGGGCUAGGAUGCCUGCUUAGCCAUUGCUCUGCUCUCCUGGGGCACAGAAACUUGAUAACGAUUGAUCGAUCACAGAGCUGGGGACCAGACAACACCCCAGCUGAUCACUCCUGGAGAAAGCCCGCCUUUGGGAGUCUAGAUCCCAAGCUCAGAGGCAUCGAGGACUUCAGGCCAGAAGGUUGAACCGGGGCCACUGCUGUGGAGCAGGCCUUUCCGAAGCUCAGCAGCCUGUGUGUUUCAGUUUUACUUAUCACUGGAGACAGUGAGGAGGACAGGACCUUGGGAGAGAAAUGGAGAAGCUCCUGCGGGCUGUGCACGGAAGCCGAGACCUGUUGCACUGCUAGGCUAGCCCUCUGUGGAAUGAGUCUGAGACCAGCAGAUGAACAGACGGAGCCCUGAAGACUCCAGGAAGGCUCUGCCUUCCUGUUCCCUGGCCCUGUAUCACUCAUCCCUUCCUGCCUGACUGCCAGCUGUGUGGAGACGAGAAUGAGUGAGAGGACCGCGAGCAGCUGGAGCCCAGGCAGCUGGGUGCUAGCACUGUGCCUGGCCUGGCUGUGGAUACGUCUGGCCUCUGCUUCCUUGCAGCCUCCAAUAGCCACAGUCCUGGUAAAGCAGGGCACCUGUGAGGUGAUUGCUGCGCAUCGCUGCUGCAACCGGAAUCGCAUCGAGGAGCGCUCCCAGACCGUCAAAUGCUCCUGCCUUUCCGGCCAGGUGGCUGGCACUACAAGGGCAAAGCCCUCCUGCGUGGAUGCCUCCAUCGUCCUGCAGAAGUGGUGGUGUCAGAUGGAGCCCUGCCUGCUGGGGGAGGAGUGUAAGGUGCUCCCCGACUUGUCGGGUUGGAGCUGCAGCAGUGGACACAAGGUCAAAACCACCAAGGUCACACGAUAACUCUCGGGGAUCAUGGCUUAGGCAGCACAGCCUUGACUGCGCUCUGGACUGAAGAAUGACUUCUGCCCACCAGCCAGCAGACAUGAGGACUCACUUAUCUUGACAUGUCGUCCCAUGUGCCCCCUGUCAAAUGUGACAUCAGACUUGCCAGGGCCCUGUUAGUCAUGCUGCUUAGCAGAAAUGCUUAGAUCUUCAGCCACAUUCUUAGAGACAUGUGCUCUCCUACAAACAAAAGUCACACAUAAUCCUGUCCUUAAGAAAUAUCUUGUCAAGCUAGGGAGUGGAUGGCAGGCAAUUUAAUCGGUUUGAAGCGUGUGGUAUCUUGGCCUCUGAGCUACCUGCAGUGGAUGUGGUGGGAAUGGGGUGGAUGAGAAUCUCAUAGAUCUUCAACCAUUCCCUGAUCAGUCGCAUCAGUACUGCAUGAGUCCUGCAUCUCUAGCAAGAUUCUAAGAUGUUCAAGGAGACACUGUCUCCCGAUUCCAAGCCAGUGGGAUCUCUUUUGACAGUGCUGGAAAGUAUAGAUGAAACCCAACAGCUCUUCAGCACAGUUCUGCAGAGGCUGGGCAUGUGACUCACACUUUUUGCUGUCUAUGGAUGGAUAGACAGGUCCUUGGGAUCAUCCCCACCCGAACUUCACAUGCAUUUCCCCCCCCCCUUGGUUUAAUGGAUGAGAAUGCUGAGUCGCAGAGGGAUGGGAUGGUUUGCCCAAGAUCUCACAGUUCAGGCUUCCAAACCAUGGAUGCUGAGAUUGCAGGCUAGGUCUUGCACGGCAAUUUUAUCGAGAGAGUGGGACCCUGCAAACAAUGUCUGGAGAACAGUGUCAUGUUUCUUGGGAGAUGGGUCUUUGAUCACUGGGGCUUUGAUUGAGGCCACUGAACUCCCAUCCAAACUAAUCCAGAAUCCUCACACACUGUAGAAUGGAUCCACUUCUCAGUCCCCCAGAUCCAAACAGUACCCACAAUAGCCCAGAGGUCACUCAGCACAAUUGCAGCUGUAGCACUGAGAUCUGGCAUCUUCUGAGAUCUUCAGCCAUCUCCCUAGAUAGGUACUUGGAAGGCAGAGUCAGGCCAGAGGACAGCCCAAAGCUGAAGGUUUUUGCAAUCAGGCUGGCCUCCUGGGUGGCUUGGGAGGAACAUGCUGGUAUACUCUCAUCACCAAGGCCUUAGGGAGUGGCGUGUGUUAGAGACCAGCCUGGAUGAUGCCCCACCCAUGAGAAGACAAACCAGUGACAUGAGCAGUAAUCUUAACUUCAGAAGGCAGCCCUCUAACAGUCUCUGCAUGUAGCAGGAACACAGCGUCCCCAAACAGAGGUCAAAGGCUGCCAUGGCCUCCUUUAACACCGAAGAGUGGAGGUCAGAGGACAGACGCAGGGGUUGGCAAACAUCUUCUGGAAAAAGUCAGAGAGUGAAUAUUCUAUAUUCUGCAGACCACAUUAAGUUUCUGUGACAUAUUCAUUGUUUUGUUUCAAAAACAUUUCAGAGCUGCCAAUGCCACCUUAGCUCUAGGGUCGAAGAAACACAUUGUGACCCAUUUCAGGUGAUUGUCACCCCUCCCAGGGGACAGUUGAAGGCCUGGAGUGGCCUCGCAGCCUCCUGGCUUGCCCUUUGUGCCAUGGAAACCUGAGCACAGGGCUAGGGCUGGCUUUGCUUUUCUCCUAAUGCUCAGAGAGAAUGGUGAGUGAAUUAUUUAGGUUACAAAUGAGACAGCUUUAGCGGAGCCAGACAGUAAGAGCCUGCUUUCCUGGAGGCCAGAAUGUAGGUUCUGCAGGCUGGUGUGGGGCUCAGUGGGAGAAUGCGGAGGUGGGCUCCCACUUCCCUCCUUCCUGGACACUGUCACAGGGUUGCUUCAGCUGCCCCCCCCCUGUAUCAUUCCAAUAAGCUGCGUUUGGGACGUAAAGUAUGGAAAUGAUGCCUCACAAACCCUUGAGAACUGCUAGCCUGCACCAGCCCCCAGCAACCUAGUGUCCCAAUUCUGCUGGCCUCCACCGGAGUCCUCCAAGCCUCUGUCCCUUCUGACCUGGCCAUGAGUUUAUUGGGUGAACUCUGAGGGGGUCUCUGUAUAAGGCCAGGAGGGCAUCACGUAAGACAGUCUGGCAAAGAUGAGAAAUGUCCAGGCGCCCCAGCUCCAGCUCCCCAAAAUUCUGUAUCCAACUUAGUCCAAACCUGCCUGCAUCUUGUAGCUAUCCAAAUGACAGUCUAGAAAUAAAUGGAUUUCCUUGGA